AAAUCGAGCACAAAAACCCAUUUAUAGAGCAUCCUAGCUACCCUCUUCCCCUCAUAUCUAUCCCCUUUCCAUUGUACUCCCCAUACACCCCUUGUGCCAUGUCUCAAGAAGGUCCCAACAACCAUCCUCAAGGCACCCAAGAAACCCAUGACUGCCCCUUCACCAUCGCCACCAACACACCGUUAGGCUCGACAAAGAUGGGCUACUCCGACUCUAGAAAGUCUGACGAGAAUUAAUACCUUCGUCAAAGCCAGCAAGUCCAGUGGUGUCUAGUGAUGUUGUAGAGAUCAAGGAAACAUGGGAAAAUGUUGUCGUUGCGGAUGAAGAGGGGGAAGGUGGCGAGGAUGGCUUCGCUAGCGAUGCUAGUGAAUCUAAGUCCAAGAGCUCAUCUGAUGAAGUUGAUUAUGAGCUCUUGGAUCUUUUGGCAGGUGCAAGUGAAGGAUGCAGCGGAGGAAACAACAACGAUGAAGUGAAAAACUUUGCCUAUGCAGACCACAAGAUGCAUGUUUUGAGAGAGAGGGAGAGAAGGAAGGAGAUGAAAAACAAGUUUGAGAUUCUGCAUGCCCUCAUCCCCAACCUCCCAGAAAAGACUGACAAGGCCACUAUAGUGGAGGCGACCAUAAACUAUAUCAAGAACCUCCAAGACAAAAUCCAUAAGAUGGAGAUGCUCAAGGUGGAGCGCGAGCAUGCCAUCGCUCUCGCCACCGCCGCAACCGCCACCGCCGCUGCCUCUGCGGACACCGCGCUGCAGGCACCGCCGCCGUCGGAGGAGGAGAAUGAGGAGCACGACUCCGUGGUGGCUGCAGCGACGAGGGAGAUGGCCCUGGCUGACAUGGUGCACGCCUGGGAGCAGCAGCAGGAGGCCGCCGCCACCGGCGGCAGCCAUGGCGGCCACGCCGUGCCGCCGCCGCCGCCCGCUGCUUCGCUCCAGACGUGGACGGGGCCCAACAUGACGGCGAGCCUCACCGGCGAUGACGGCUUCAUCACCCUCUCCCUGCCGCAUCAGGGCGGCCAGAAGAACCUCGUCGCCGGCGCGGUGAGCGUCCUGGAGCGCCACCACAUCGACGUCGUUACGGCCACCGUCUCGGCAUCCGAGCAGGGCGACAACCUGAUCAGCCUGCACUGCCAUCUGAGUCCAGGGAGCUCUAGCUCUCAGAACCUGACGCCUCUGGACAAGUUCAAGCUGGCAAUGUCAGAGCUGAUGCUUUGGGUGAUCUCCGUCUGAGAAGAAUGCCUAUAAAUGCCAUGAAUAAAAAAGCAAACCUUUUCUGGGUUUAGCUGCUUCCGUCGUCUUCGUCGGAAUGAACAAGUCUUUGAUUUGCUUCAAAUUUAGUCGUCGUUGUUGAAUUGAACUGCUUUAAAUUUAUCAUUCUUCGCAAGUCUGGUUUGAGUUUUCAGACAUAAUAAGUUGUGUAUGAGGUGGAACCUCCAGUUAAUUGUCGUUUGCAGACAAUGUUUGUUUCUAA